AGGCCUGCGGUGCAGAAGGAAGAGCAGCUCCCGGCGGGACUCGAGCCCAGACGCAGCGAUGAACUGAUCGGCGAUUGGUCGGGCACAGUCAAUCAGCUGACUGACCCGUACCGCGUGUCUGUCGAGGGGAAACGGGGCAGGGUCGGGACGACGAGCUGUCUCGACCGGAUUCGGGUUGCAGGACCCUGA